AUGGCUACUCCGGGACCAUAUGUGCUUCGGGUGUGGUUUCGGUUGGAGGUUAAAAGUGGAAUGGGUGUUCGGCACCGGGGUUUAUUCGGAGAUGAUGGUGGUUCGGGGUGGAAGCUCGGCUCAAGUUGUAGCUCGAUGUUUCGGUGGCUAUUUGAAUGGAGGUUGAAGACAAUUUUGUUGCGAUCGAAUGGGAGUAAGCGAGAUGAUGGAAAAAUGAAAAUGAGGAUGAUCGAGUUCCAUGAAUCUAAUCCGUCCUUAUCACCUAUAGCACAUUCAUUCGGUGACUAUCGCAUGCAAGAGUCGGGGAAAGCUUGCAAUAAGGUUGGCCUUAAAGGAAAUUGA